GGUCUUGAAAUGGACUGCCUCUUUUGUACCUUGCUUGAUCUUCAAGUUACCUACCAGAGAGUCCAUUAUCAUCGCCGUGAUUAUGAACUAUAAGGGUUUUGUUGACCUAUGCUUCGUUGAAGGCGCCCUCGAUAGAUCGAAUCUGUCGCACGCAACGUACACGUUCUUGAUGAUGUACGUGCUAUUGAACGCGGGGAUUUUACCUACUGUUGUGAAAGCACUAUACGAUCCAAAGAGGAAGUAUAUUGGAUACGUAAAGAGAGACGUUAUGCAUAUAAAACCAAAUUCAGAUCUCAAGAUACUAACGUGUUUGCACAAACCAGACAACAUCUCAGGCAUGAUCUCGCUGCUUCAGCUGUUUUCUUCUCCGCACAACAACGAGAACAAAGACAAGGGAGUUAUCGCGGUCACGGUGUUACACCUCGUGGAACUAGCGGGACGUGCGUUUCCUAUCUUAGUACCACAUGACAAGCGUUCUAAGCCACGCCUGCUUCAAAACUCUUACAUCCAGACAAUGAUGCUCGCGUUCAACGAGUUCCAGCAAGAGAAUCUAGGAACAACGACAGUUAACUCCUUCACAGCUUUCUCUCUCGAGAAUCUAAUGGAUCAGGACAUUUGUAAUCUCGCUUUAGACAACCUCACGUCGAUGAUCAUUACACCUUCUGGACGAAAAUGGUCACCUGAUGGAUCAUAUGAAUCGGAUGAUGUUAUGAUCCGACGUGUGAAUAUGUCUCUCCUCGACCUUGCUCCUUGUUCAGUUGGUGUACUCAAUAACCGAAGGUAUCGCAAAUCGAAGAGCAAUAAAAGGAGUAAUCGUACGGUCAAAGUUGGUGUGAUCUUCAUUGGUGGUAAAGAUGACUGGGAAGCCGUCUCCAUUGCGAAAUGGAUGAGACAGAACCCGAGGGUGCGUCUCACGGUGAUCAGAUUCUUGUCUGGUCAAGAACCAGACAAGUCCAAGAACUGGGAACACCUUGUUGAUAAUGAGGUCUUGAAUGAUUUGAAAGCAACAUACGACUCCGCUGAAAAUUUCUCCUAUACGGAGAAGAUAAUCAAAGGUGGUCCCGCGGUGGCCACUGCCGUUAGAUUAGCGGCGGAAGAGCAUGACUUGAUGAUUGUAGGGAGAGAUCACGGCGAGGAUUCACUGGAUUACUCGGGUUUGGUGGAGUGGAUGGAGCUUCCGGAGUUAGGAGUCAUCGGAGAUUUGCUUGCAUCUAAGGAGCUAGAAACUAGGGUUUCUGUUUUAGUCGUUAAACAGCAGCAACAACAUGAAUGAGUGUAAUAUGUCAAUGGGUCCAAGCGAAAAAAUAUUGCCUUCCUGGCAUUAUAUGGGUACAUGUUGGGAUACCCACAUUGUAGAUAAUAGAUGACAUGUACAAUUUUUUUCCUUUCCUCAAUUUGUUUUGAAUUAAAA